AUGACACAAUUCCGGAAAGCAUUCAUGGCCGCCAUCGUGAAGAGUCUGCUGCGAGGCAAGACUCUGAUACAGGCCAUCCUAUCCUACUGGUUAUCAGGAAACAAGAAGAGCAAAGAAACCGGCACACAGAAGAAGACUCUCCAGCAGUUCCUAAAGGAUGCCGAGGCCGCCCUCGUCGGCCCCAUCAGCGGCGAUGGCCUGCAGGAGCUGUCCGUCAAGUUAAAACAGCAGAUUCUCGACGCACUCCAGGCAGAUGUGCAGUGCAUGCUUCCCUCAUACAGCCACCAGUUGCCAGUGGGCUCCGAAUAUGGGCAGUUUUUGGCCUUGGAUGUGGGAGGAUCGACGCUGCGGGUUGCCCUGGUCGAGUUACGAGGACGGGAAAAGGGUUCUGAAAAUGCCACGGAGAUUGUGAGCAUGCAAAAUUACCGCAUCACCAAGGAGGUCAAGGAUUUGGAGGGAAUCGCCUUUUUUGAGUGGAUGGCUGCGCGUAUUACUGAGACGAUCCAAACCACCCUCAACAGAGAGCACAGUGUCGAAAAGCCGCUGCCGGUUUCGAUGGCCUGGAGCUUUCCUAUCGAUCAAACUUCCUUAGGUGGUGGCAAGCUUGCACCCAUGGGCAAGGGCUUCUUGGCCGAUGUUGGUCUUGUUGGACAAGAUUUGGGAGACAUCGUUAGGACCGCAUGCAAAAAUCAGAAUCUCAACGUCGAGCUCAAGGCGAUCCUCAACGACUCGAGUGCCUGCCUCCUAUCACGAGCUUACUCCCAUUCCUCGACCAGAUUUGGCCUCAUUUUGGGUACCGGUGUCAACAUCGCUGCCUACCUGCCCGUCUCAGCCAUCAGCCGAUCAAAAUUCGGCGAGAGACCAGCGGGCUGGUUCGAUGAAGCAUCUCACGUCAUCGUCAACACGGAGCUCGGCAUGUUUGGAUCCAAAAUCCUGCCCUUGACUCGAUGGGACCGCCAGCUCAGUAAGGAACAUCCUAGACCCGACUUCCAGCCCUUAGAGUACCUGACCAGCGGCAUGUACCUCGGCGAGAUUGUUCGUUUGAUCUUAAUAGAUGCUAUUCAGACGACUGGCUUCAUGGGUGGCGUCGUUCCUCCCUCCCUGACUGAGCUUUAUUCUUUGGGCACUGAAACCAUCUCAACGAUCGAGGGUGAUACCACUGCCGACCUAUCACAGGCUAUCAGCUGCUUCUCUGAAAAGCACCCUUCAUCCCAAGCUCCUAGCAUCAUUGAUAUGAGCGCCAUCAAGGCAAUUGCGUCUUUCGUUUCAGUACGAUCAAGCGCACUCAUCGCUUCCGCUGUGUAUGCUCUUUGGGAUAUCCGUCAGGAGGGCGACCAAAAACUGCUCAUCACUCUCCCUGAAUCCUCUCCUCUUCGAACCACGGUUGAAGAGGAUCUUAACAUGGAGAAAACUACCGUUGCAUUCAAUGGUAGUGUCAUUGAGCAGUACCCUGGAUAUUUGGCCAGUUGCCAACGAUACAUUAGCGAGUUGUUGGAAAGCAAGCCAUCUGGCGAAAACAAGUCCAUUGAGCUUGUUUCUGCCAAAGAGAGCUCAUUAACAGGAGCUGCUGUGGCCCUGGCUUGCUUGGACUCAUAG